AUGUUCUCCCGGCGUGGUGACGCCGUUUGCACUUCGCGACGGUGUGAGCUGCGCCACCUGGCUGCGUGCGCGGAGCGCGUGAUAACACGCAGGCAAAUCGAUGUGUCUGUUGAUGGAGUUGGUGUCCGACGCCUCCAACAGCUCUCGCCCUGUCUUGUUGCCGGCUCGCGUCAAUAUCCGCGUGUUGACGAAGUCGAACUCAUGCCCUUCCUCCAGCGUGAGUGGCGAUUUGAGAUAGUGGGUCGCCUCUCCGAACGGCCCGUUUGUGCUUAAGUAUUCGUGAGCUCAGACGUCGUCCUGUCUGGCCUGUGUAGUGGCAAGGACAGUUUUGGCACAGGAGUCGAUAGACUACGCCCGACUGUUCACCUGCGUCCAGCCGAUCCUCCAUUUUCAUGAUCCUGCUACGCAUGGUAGUCGCCGGAUGAUGAGCGAUGCCCACGCCUAGCUCUGACGCAAUGCGUUCUGUAGCCUCGGACACAUUCUUUAUGUACGGUAGGGAGUACCAAAUUAUUGGUGUCUCUCUUCGGUUUGUCCGGCGUUGGUGCGCGCGUAUGCAGCGACUGAUAAAACUAUUUGGGUAGCCGUUCUUUGUUAAUUGGUCCCGGAGAUGCCGUAGUUCAUGCAUCCUUCCUUCGAGCUCGCUACAGUGCGUUUUUACCCGGUCGAAAAGCGCCCUCACAGAGCCCCGUUUGUGCACCAAUGGGUGGUUGCUAUGAUAGUUGAGGACCUGGGUUGUAUUGGUCGCCUAUCUGUACACUGUAGUGCUGAGUUCACCGUCAGGUGUGCGCGUGACGUGCACGUCCAGGAAGGGUAGUUUUUCGUCCUCCUCGUCUUCUCUUGUAAACUGAAUGUCGGGGAAUAUGCUGUUAAGUAAGUCUUGAAAACUCGAUAGCUUGUCCUUGGUGAACCCAUCGGUGUGCUCCUAAUUUGCUCAUACUUAAUCCCCUCGAGGGAGAAAAAUGCCUUUAGGCAGUGUUUCUUGAGUUCUCUGGGGCCUGAACUGCAGGCUUGCUAUCGUCCUCACCGUAAUGUUAACUUAGCAGGUCACUGAGUGUUUCGACCACAAGGGCCUGCGGUAUUGGCCUAAAGAGUAAGGUGACAUCUGAUGGCACCAUCCCCUCAUUCGGCUCGAUUUCGACCGCAUUUAUUUUGUCGCAAAAUUGCUCUACUGGCUGCAUCGUCGUUAGUGAACCACUGGUAGAAAUACACAAUGUUUUUGCAAGCUCGCAUGUCGGUGUGCCUCGAAGUGAGACGAUUGGCCGGAGGGAGGCAUCUGGCUUUUACAUCCACCCUUCUUUACUUUUCUUUUCUUUUCCUUCUUUACUUUUACUUCAUCCUUCUGUAGUUGAGCCAGAGUUCUGUUCGCUUCCACCAAUAAUGACUUUAGACUGGCAGCGUCGCUGACUGUGUAGGACUCUCGAUUGUUGAGGAGCAUGAAGGCUUUGUUUCGGCAGACUACGCUAUCGAGGAUAAUGGCAGGAUAAUUAUUUCUGUGCCCGCUUUUAACUCCAAUAGAGCUUUUUAUUGUUUUCUUCUCAGCAAAUGGGCUUUUUAGUGAUAAAUGGAGUGAAAUGGGAUUGCCUAUGUGCUCCUAUCUUCUUCAUUCUCAUGUUCUUCAUCGCGUUGAUGGACGCAUAUCGCCCGGAGAGGUCAGACAACAAAAUCGACCACCGAUCUCAGAGAAAACUGCUCAAUGUGGGAGGUAUGAAGGCAUCUCCGAGUGUUACCGGCGGCAACAUCUACGACUUCUUGUUUGCGAAUAACCGCAAGCCAAAGGCCGCUAAAGAAGCGGACGUUAUCGAGAAUGCGCACCCAUAUCAACUCUUGACAUUCGGUGUGUGAUAGCAGACCCACUUGCAGACUCACGUAGCAGCCGUUGGGUCCCUGCCACCCCCUCGCCGAUAUUUGCCGUUCACGUUCCUCGUCAAGCGUUUUUUGUGGACCAAGGGGCGUGGCGGUACGCCUAGGUGCAGCUUUACAUCAUCCCGGCAACCUGCAGCCUCUCCCGCCUUUGGUCUUUUUGAGUUGGUCAUGGCACUGGGGACAGGAGGAGGAAAAGAGAUAAUGGUAGAUGCCUCGCAAUUCUAUCAUCACUAUGAGCUGAUUCACGCGCAAAUCACCGUGCCUGCUCCCACCCUGUUGUAGAGUACAUGGUGUACAUGAUCGAAAUCGACACUCGAACUCUCGAUGAAAGCUAAGCAAAAUCCCGAUCUUUUCACCCCAUCUUUCCCCGGAGAGUACUGGAGGUGAAGUGAUAAGAAAGGCUGCCAGAUAUCGAGGUGCCGAAAAGAACGGGUAUCUUUCAUAUCGACGCCAUACUGAGGCAGAUGCCAUAGCUAUGGAGCAGCCACGUCGUGAGGGUGGAUGAAAAGCGCCUGCCCAAGCAACUAUUCACUUACUCGGGAAUCACUUCCUACCUUCUGCGAGGGUGAUUGACGUUUUGUUGACGUAACAAGUAGCCUGUUCAAAUGGUAGUGGCAUUCGCCGCUCUGCCCUAUUUUCAUAAAUGGAGAGACGGACCCUCGUCUUUGUGGCGAAUUUUCAUUCCGGAAUCCUAUUUUCAGUAAAACAACUCGGAUACGAGGCGUUACUUUCAUUGGUUGUUUUGCAAACAACGAGUGAAUAAGAUCUUUACAGCCGAUAUAUAUGUCAGCGUAGCUUCAGAUCUCUCUCAUUUGUACUUUUAUGCAACCAAACUAUAAAAUAUUGGUGCAUCUGCUUUUCGCACGUGUUUUACACUCGAGCCAGGAACCAGAUUCAACGGAGUGGUUUUCCGCUAAACAGGACUACGACCCCCCCGGACCUAGCCAGCACUCCAGUUGACCUCCUAACUUGUACGUCCCUCACUUUUGGCCUUUAUUCUUUCUUACACGAGCUUAUUUCUAAGGCCACGACGCAAUCAUGCUAUAUUCGAGGCAGAUACUGUUUCUGACUCUACGGGCGUUUAGGGUAAAAAAGUCGUUGAUAGCAAAUAUGUUUUUCGUAAAUAUGCCUAGAGAUUUUCUGUUUGUGGAUGACGUCAGAGCUGAGGAAAGUCGUGGUGCAUACGAAGUAAUCCAUAAAGCUUACGUGAACUGUAAGCAUCGAGAAAGAAUCCGGAUAUAUUAUUUAUGCAUUACAGAAGAGCCCACCUAUCAACAAAUAGACAGCAAUGUUUGAGAGUAGGGUGAGAAUGGUGCAAAUUUCACUUAGCAGAUUUGAUGAAAAUGAGCUUAGGCAGAUUAACUUUUAAAUAAAUAAGUAUGCUAGGGAGGGUAAAUGUGUGGAAAAAGGGUUCGGGUGAGUUGUAAAGUUAAGCAGCGCCUCUUGAUCGUACGCGGAAAUAUGGACCUCAUGUGCUACGGGUGGCUUUGCGUACAUAGGGUACACGCUCCCAUGCAACAACGUGAAUCCUAACCCCCUAACCCUACCGUCCCCUCGAAUUUAGGUCAAGGCCACCUGUCAUACUGAGGGGUCUACAUUUCCGUGCCCCAUCGCACCUGUUUAUAACAACCUUCCAAAUCAGCUUGUAGGUUGCACUCUGUCUGUGGGAUGAUGUAUCAUCUUCAGUCGGAUGCUUGUCCUGGUGAUUAUACCCUGAAGAUACUCAUGCCAGCCUUCCGACGAAAAAUAAGUGUUAGAGAAGUCAAGGGAAUGUCCCCCGUUGUGAACAACGAAGUUGUUGGUAAAAUAAAACUCCAGCUGAGUCCGUUGUUUAACAACACUUUUAGUUCGUAAUACGUGUCCUCUACGUUAAGAAUACUUUUUACUGAACAUACGAUAUACUUUCCGGAGUAGAGUGUGGAAUGAUCAGCAUAACUGAUUCUGUAUGUUCGGCCGUAGUUGAAUAGUGUCGAGUAUCGUUCCACCAUUCACAGAGAACGGGUACUAGGGAGAAGUUCAAACAUGUAUUUCCACUGGUCUUCUGUGACUUCAUAGAGCACAGCAGGGAAUUCAGCUCUUCAGUGGGUCAAAUGAAGAGGGCAUCUGCGCCCUUCCUCGCCUCCGGUCUUCUUGACUCCGUCUUUACACCGGGUCCAGGUGGGGAGUGGGGAAUAGAGAGUGUGGUAGAUGCUGCGCAUGUCUACCAUCACUAUAACCUAAUGUUCGCUCAAGUCACCGCGCCCGCUGCACCUAUCUGGGUAGCACACGGUGGACAUCCUCGGAAUUGA